GAUAAGUUUCCUGACGGUGAGGACAAGGUUCCUGACUGUGAGGACAAGGUUGCUGGCGGUGAGGACAAGGUUCCUGGCGGUGAGGACAAGGUUCCUGGGGGUGAGGACAAGGUUGGUGGCGGCGAGGACAAGGUACCCGGCGGUGAGGACAAGGUUCUUGGGGGUGAGGACAAAUUUCCUGGCGGUGAGGACAAGGUUCCUGACGCUGAGGGUAAGGUCCCUGGAGGUGAGGACAAGGUUGCUGCCGGUGAGGACAAGGUUGCUGGCUGUGAAGACAAGGUUCCUGGCGGUGAGGACAAGGUUUCUGGCGGCGAGGACAAGGUUCCUGACGCUGAGGACAAGGUUUCUGGCGGCGAGGACAGGGUUCCAGGCGGUGAGGAGAAGUUUGCUGACGCUGAGGACAAUGUUCCUGGAGAUGAGGACAAGGUUCCUGGAGGUGAGGACCAAGGUUGCUGGAGGUGA